ACAGAUCUGGGUUUUGUCCAGGGGUCUCCAGGUUUAAAGCUCCCUACAGCCACUUCAGCUCAGUUUCCCUGUGACUCGGCUGGGCACGACUUCUUUCUCUGCCCCAAAAACAUAAAGCUUUUCUCUUCAGAACUUUUUUGGUUGCGUGACAAACUCAGCCUAUCCUUUAGCAAAAAUGGAAGCUAUCAAGAAAAAGAUGCAGAUGUUGAAGCUGGACAAGGAGAAUGCAAUUGAUAGAGCAGAGCAGGCUGAAACGGAUAAGAAGGCAGCUGAGGACAAAUGCAAACAGGUCGAGGAUGAGCUGGUAGCUCUGCAGAAGAAGUUGAAAGGAACUGAAGAUGAGCUGGAUAAAUACUCCGAGGCUCUGAAAGAUGCCCAGGAAAAGCUGGAGCAGGCUGAAAAGAAGGCCACGGAUGCGGAAGGUGAGGUGGCGGCGCUCAACAGACGCAUCCAGCUGGUGGAAGAGGAGCUGGAUCGGGCCCAGGAGCGGCUGGCCACAGCCCUGCAGAAGCUGGAAGAGGCCGAAAAAGCGGCGGAUGAGAGUGAGAGAGGAAUGAAAGUCAUUGAGAACAGAGCAAUGAAAGAUGAAGAAAAAAUGGAAAUUCAGGAAAUGCAGCUGAAGGAGGCCAAGCACAUCGCUGAGGAGGCCGACCGCAAAUACGAAGAGGUUGCCCGCAAGUUGGUGAUUUUGGAGGGGGAGCUGGAAAGAGCUGAAGAGCGCGCAGAGGUGUCUGAAGUUAAAUGCAGUGACCUUGAAGAGGAGUUGAAGAAUGUCACAAACAAUCUGAAGUCUUUGGAAGCUCAAUCUGAAAAGUACUCGGAAAAGGAAGAUAAGUAUGAAGAGGAAAUCAAGAUUCUCUCUGACAAGCUUAAAGAAGCUGAAACUCGUGCUGAGUUUGCUGAGAGAACAGUUGCCAAACUGGAAAAGUCCAUUGAUGAUCUGGAAGAUGAGCUGUACGCUCAGAAGCUGAAGUACAAAGCAAUCAGCGAGGAGCUCGACCACGCGCUCAAUGAUAUGACCUCCCUGUAGUCUGCACCUCCUGGGGGUGCUCCAUUUGCUGACCUCUUAUGCUCUCCUGGUCUGUAAUUCCUGCCGCUCUGUGCAGUCCUAAAGGCGACCCUUCAGUCUUCUCUGUAAGAACUGCGCUCAAUAAAAGUCAGAUACCUCUGCCUUUCAGCUUUUGGGCUUUCUUUCCUUAUAAUCCACCGAAAAUACAGCAGUGACGGCACUGUAAGUAAAUACGGCUCAGUGCCCGGGGGGCGCCGGGCAGCGCCUCAUUAACUGAGAGCAGAGAGAAAAGGUUGUGUUUCCCUUGAAUCUCACGGGGUGUUUUCAAUUUAAGGACUAAAGCAGUACACUCCUGUCCGUUUUGAGUGCAUUUGUUUCUCCCUUCUCACCAGACAAACUUGCUCAAGCAAAGGAGGAGAACCUGGGGCUGCACCAGACGCUGGACCAGACGCUAAACGAACUGAACUGUAUAUGACCCCGAGCGGAACCCCGCGGCCGGAAAACGUCAGCCGCCCUCAGCGCAUCACCGCCCCCCUCCCUGCGCUCCGACAGGUGGAGCUCGGAGCGGUUCUGUACCCCGGACGGCGCCGCUCCCCCCGCGGCCGCCGCGCGCAUUAAACGGUUUCUCGCAGUCCCGA